UGGGAGCUCAGGAAACCAAAGCUUAGGAUACACUGAGAAGAAGACAUCUGAGGAUGGCCCUGUUUGAAGUGUUGGUUCUUGCUCUGCUGUCCAUCGGUGCACAUGCUAGUAACCAGUGUUCACUAGAUGGACGCUGGAAAAAUGACUUAGGGUCUAACAUGACCAUAAACCCUCCAAGCUCUAAUGGAACAUUCAAUGGGACUUACAUGACGGCAGUGUCAGCCACUAAUGCAACUAUCUUAAUAUCACCUCUCAUUGGAUUUCAGCAAAAGUCUAAUGAACCGUCCUUUGGAUUUGCUGUCAAAUGGGCAUUUUCAGAUUCAAUAACAGUCUUCACUGGUCAGUGCUUCUUAACUGCAACGGGAGGAAAAGUUCUUCAAACAAGUUGGCUGCUGAGGUCAACGGCCGUGAAUGAAGCCGACAACUGGAAGGCAACACGAGUUGGUGUUAACACUUUCAUGCCGAUUUAAUGUGGAUUAAAAAGAAAGAUGAUCUCAGUUAUAUUCAUGUACCAGUGCUACCAUCACUCAAAGCUUACAAAGAAUGAAUGCUGGUAUUAUUCAGCCUUAAUUUGUUACAUUUGACAUUUUAUCAAACUCCUUAAUAAAUCAUGUUGAAUGAAAA